CUUUGUUGUGUUAUUGACCAAUCGGAAUCGCUGUUAUACUAAUUGAACAGUCCUUCGAUGAGUUGACCUGUGACCUUAAAAAAAAGUACAACACAGAGGGAUUUUUAAAUUUCCUUUGAAAACACAAGGAAGCAAAAUGCCGAGACGAAGAAAAAAGUCGUGUAAUCAGAAAUCGAAACUUUCUUUUGUUGAAAGUCCGAUGAAUUUACCAAGGGCGUAUGUGUCGCCGAUAAUGAAUGCCAGAAACCCGCCAACAGCUGAUGUUAGGCAUCUGGACGAGGAAACAUCGGUUGAAUGGGUUUCACCUCAGUUCAGUAGGAUGAACCAGUGUUCACAACCAAGAAAGACAAAAAGAAGGAAGUGUCAAAUUCAAUCAAACCAAACUUUGACGUCAGGGCAUCUAUCAAGGUCUAAAAAUGCAUCCAUCAAAGAAAAUAAAACAUCAAAGAAAGUGUUAGAAAAGUAUCGCCCAUUGCCAUUUAUUGAUCAAAAUCCGUUACAGGAUGAGUCUGAAAGUGAAACAGAGAGUUUUGAACUGGAUGCCGAAGGUGACAUUAUGCUUUGCGGAAAUGAAAGUGACAGUACCAAGGCAUUGUUUACAAGAUUGAAAUGUAACUCUCCAGUCAAGGCUGAUCAGAUAACUCCAAGUCUUGACUGUCAGUUUAACACUCCAGAACAUAUCUCUGACAAUAAUGGACAAGUUGCAGAGAAUCCUGAAACAAACAGUGAAAUCGGUAUGAUUGAUAAAUGCGUCAGAAACAGAGAUGGAACAAGAACAAGUCCUAAUGCAAUAGCUGCCCUCACAGAUCAUAAUUGGAAUUCAGAUCGAACUAUCCCUAUUCUUUGCCAAACUGAUGACGAUAUUAUUUUGGAAAUGAGAGAAAUACAGAAGAAAUCAAGAAAGGUGACACGUGAAGCAGAAAUGCCCAAUUUUGACACUCCACGCAGGAGAUCACGGAGAUUAGUGGAAAGAAACAUGCAUAAAUUAACGUUUGGAGCGAAUGACUUCUCGUCUUUGAUGCACACACCCCAAAGAGAGACUUUGGAUGAACUAACAACACCAAAUAGAACUGUACGGAUACUUGUAGAUGAUACUCCGGAGCUCGACUAUGGGUUACGAGUCAGUCUAAGGCGUAGACGAGAAUUGCUACCACAUAUGACAUGGGUGAAACUACUUCACAAUACAAGUGUAUGUCAUCAAUAGUAGUCUAGACUGGGUGGAGAUAUUUGGAAAGGUAACCUGUACAUUAGAGCACUGAGUAAGAGUGAUUGCUUUGUUGCUGUAAUCAUUUGAUAAUAAGGUGAUUAUGAAAGCUGCCAAAUCUCUAUUAAAAUGUUUCACAAUAAAUAUGUAUAUUUUUACUGAGAUGACUCAUCCCAUUUAUUAGAAUUUAUUUUAAUGUUCCAGACCGUUACAAAUUCAAAUAAAUAUUGAUUGGUUUGGUAGCUACA